CCCAUUUCCACCCAGAUAAUGAAAACUUGGUUUUUGAUUCUUGGCUGGUCUCUUUCCAUUCUGACCAUGACUGGAAAUGGAUUUAUUAUCUGCCUUGUUUGCAACAAACGGCGACUUCGAACUAAAACCAAUGCGUUUAUUGUUUCACUCGCAGUGGCUGACUUCUGUGUUGGGAUGAGCGCUUUUCCAUUACUGCAUGUCUGUAUCAAAGCAACUAUGUGCAACCAUCUACACAUACUUGUGUCUAUUGUGAGGAAUUUCUUCGCAUAUGCGUCUGUGACAAACCUGUGCAGUUUAGUCCUGGAUCGCUACAUCGCUGUUGUAAAACCUCUAAAGUACUUGGCAUUUAUGUCGCGUCGCCGAGUCAUUCAAAUGGUUCUUUUUUCCUGGGUGAUUCCAGCUGCAAUUAUAACAAUUUACACGUUAGAGAUUUUUUUGUUUAAAGUGUUGUUAUUUUUUCGCAUUUUGAUGUGGUUAAUUACUAUAUUUUUCGAGUUCCUUCCAAGUGCGAUGUUAAUAUUUUUCUUUGUAUCGAUGUUACGUGUUGUAAUUAAACAAAAUCGCACCGCUCGUUCAUUGAAAAGACAGUUGAGUUUUAACCAUCGAGUUUCCUUUAAAACUCAAGAAAAGUCUUCCAUCUUAAUGAUGGCUAUUGUAAUUUCCGUAUUUCUUGUUUGCUACGGGUUUUAUCUGCGAUGCAGUAUCUUCGUGAUUUUCAGCGAUCGGUAUAAAUUUUGUCCUGAUCUGGAGUAUAAAAUCUCUUUGUUAACGUUAAACUCUGCUAUUAAUCCUUUGGCGUACUCCUUCUUCAAGAGAGAUAUAAACAAAGAGAUUAGAAGAAGUGUUUUCUGCUACUCUGCAUAGAAAUGAAGCUUCGCGUGAGGCUUUUCGAUGUGAAAUAAAGACUUACGGGAAAGAAGACUCUUGUUUAGCGAAAUGAUCACAGGUAAUAAACAAUAACAAUUAAGAUUAUCUUGUUUAAUUCAAUGAUUUUUUUUUUAAUACAGCAAGUUUUUUAUGAGCUUAUUAAAGGGUCCCGUGUUAUUAGUGAAAACAGUUAAAGAAAUUAAAGGUUUUGGUAAUAAAAAGUUUUGAUCUCAGUUAGAAGCCUCUCUGUUCACGAUUUUGAAUAUCGGAUGAAAGGUUUCGAAUGCGUAUCAAUUAACUUAAUUAGACUUAGAUCACUUUACACUAAAAAUAGCAUCGCUGCGUCAAUUUACUUUAAAAGGAGGUUGUUUAAAGAACUCUCGGAGGAAUCAAUAUAUUAUUACUAUUGCAAAAGCUCUCAGGGAUCAAUAAUUCAUCGAUAUUUGAAAGCACUCUAAGUAAUCAAUAAUUUAUCAGGAUUUCUGUGUUGCUUAACAGAAGCAUUAAAAGUCAUUUUUUCGAUAAGUCUCGACAGAAAUCAGAUUUCUCACAACCGCUACACAAAAAAUAAAGUUCCUCUUUUACACCGCUA